UGCGUUUAGCUGUUAGGGGGCGGGGCCUCCGCUAACCAUGGCCGGCGAGCUGGAGGGCUCCAAACCCCUGAGCGGGCUGCUGAGCGGCCUGGCCCAGGAAGCUUUCCACGGGCACCCAGGCAUCACAGAGGAGCUGCUGCGGAGCCAGCUCUAUCCAGAGAUGCCACCUGAGGAGUUCCGCCCCUUUCUGGCGAAGAUGAGGGGGAUCCUUAAGUCUAUUGCAUCUGCAGACAUGGAUUUCAACCAGCUGGAGGCAUUCUUGACUGCUCAAACCAAAAAGCAAGGUGGGAUCACAUCUGACCAAGCUGCUGUUAUUUCCAAAUUUUGGAAGAACCAUAAGACAAAAAUCAGAGAAAGCCUCAUGAACCAGAGCCGCUGGGACAGUGGGCUUCGGGGCUUGAGCUGGAGAGUUGAUGGCAAAUCUCAGUCAAGGCACUCAGCUCAAAUACACACUCCUGUUGCCAUAAUGGAGCUGGAAAUAGGAAAAAGUGGGCAGGAAUCUGAAUUUCUGUGUUUGGAAUUUGAUGAGGUCAAGGUCAACCAAGUUCUGAAGAAGCUCUCAGAGGUAGAAGAAAGUAUCAGCAUACUGAUGCAGCCAGCCUAGAUGAAGAUGGAGUUGCUGAAGUAAAGCAAAGGGCUACUGUCACGUGAUGCAGGAGAAUUUAGAUAAUGUCUCCUGCUAUAAAAUGGAGGAAAAGAAUAUCUCACCAGAUAAUGGGAUUCCAGGUGUCACUGGAAGGAAGAACUGUAGCCACCUUGUUAGUAUCGUGUCACAUUCCCAGUGAGAGUCUGUGGAAGCCUGAAGGAACAGUCUGAGAGGACGUCAUUGUCGUGGUUCGAAGCUCUAUUUAGGUCAUCCUAUGAAAGUAAGAGCCACGAAAGUGGACAUGGGCUUUUUUAUUAUAUCCCCAAAUCCUAGGUCAUUGGGAAAACUAUUAAUGUAUACUGACUUAUAAUAAUAAUAAAAAACAAAACUGGCUGCCGAA